ACCUCCCAGUUGUGCAGCUUGUUAUGGCGGCGCUUCUGAGAGGACUGCGGGCUGGAAGGCUCCUCCGCGGGCUGUCCGGCGUGGUCACUGCUCCAACAUCAACAGUCCCUCAGUGCCGCAGCCUGAGACGAGGCUUCCACUGCGCAGCACUCAGGCUGCAGGACGACUUCAAAUCUGAUAAAAGCUCCUCAUCUUCCUCAUCAUCCACCUCCACCCACCGGGAGCAGUACCAGGCUCACUCAGCUGAACAGGAUACAGAAGCAGCUUCCCAGCAGGAUUCUGAUCCAAACAGCAGUGAGCAGGAUCAGGAUGAGGAGUAUGAAACGGAAGAGCAGCUGCAGGCUCGCAUUCUGACGGCGGCUCUGGAGUUUGUCCAAUUACACGGCUGGUCCAUGGAAGCCAUCGCUGCUGGUGCUGAAUCUCUGGGUUUGUCCUCUGCUUCAACCGGGAUGUUCUACAAUGGAGCCGGAGACCUGGUCCUACAUUUCAUCUCCCAGUGCAACGCCAAGCUGACUGAAAUCCUGGCUGAACAACAUAAUCAGGUCCAGUUGGGCCAGGCAGAACGAAAGAAGACUGCUGACUUCCUAAGAGAUGCAGUAGAGACCAGGCUGCGGAUGUACAUCCCCUACAUCGAAACCUGGCCACAGGCCAUGAGCAUCCUGCUCCUUCCUCACAACAUCCCCGACAGCCUGAAGCAUCUCUCCACCAUGGUGGACGACAUCUGGUACUACGCCGGGGACCGAUCAACAGACAUGAACUGGUACACAAAGCGGGCGGUGCUGACUGGUCUCUACAACACGACAGAGCUGGUGAUGCUGCAGGAUUCCUCUCCGGACUUCCAGGACACCUGGACCUUCCUUGAUAACCGCAUUCAGGAUGUAGUCAACAUGGCCACCACAGCAAAGCAGAUGCAGUCAACUGGUGAAGCCGUAGCACAGGGGCUAAUGGGAGCUGCAGUUACGCUGAAGAACCUCACAGGACUGAACCAAAGGCGAUGAUAUGAACACCUGAGGCACACAGUGCCCGACCAGCCGGAUGACCUCAUGGACUGAAGAUGCCGUGUGCUUUUGGAGGCUGGGGCGUUUGCUGUUACUUAUUCAGUUGUAUGGCGCUGAAGGAAUUUAGUUUUAGUCUUUAACAACACAGAAACAUCCCGUUUGUCGAUCCCGUUUGUCGAGGACACCCUGUAUCUUUCUGUUCAUCUGCAGAAUAAGGGGAUAUUCUUUCUUUAAGUUUUUUUUCCCAGUUUUUCAAUGUAUUCAAGAACAGUUUCAAUUUGGUCUGUGAGCCCUAAGCCAAAUAAAGUGGUGUAUAUAC